UCAUUGCGCCCGGAUGCCAACGGUCACCUGAGCCUUGUACGACUCGCUUGCAGCUAAGUCCGGAUUCAUCCGGGCCUUCUGGGAGUGGAAACCCUAUCUGAAGCCCCCUCCUCGCUGACCGCUUUGAUGGGCAGCUACCUGAGCUCACCUCAGUCCACACUGCAGCCCUUGGCCCAGGGGACCCCUAACCCGUGGCCUGGUCUGGCCCGGGCCCAGGAAGGGGACCUCAAGGGGCGCUGCAUCCGCUCCCGGCCCUUCCCCCAGAUGCCGCGGGACUGGGGGCCCGCCCAGCCCCAGAGGGUGGUCACGGAGGCGUGGGUGCGCCUUCCUGCCACAGCGCCCCCUGGGGCCACCGCGGAACGUUCCUGCACCUGGGAGAGUUACACGAAGUGGAGGCUUGUGAGCCCCCGGUCCCCAAGACGGACCUCCAGCCCGGUGACCAUCAAGAUCGCGCCUCUGGAGCACAAGGGGGUCCUCUGUGCACCCCCAGAGCAGGGGGCGCGCCCUGCCGGGAGCCCACCCACCGAGGAGCGCGGCGACCCCUGUGCCAAGGAGACCGUGCUGAGAGCGCUCCGCCGGUGCAAGAAGGGGAAGCGGAAGUUCGACGGGCCCCUCUGGUUUGAGACCCCGGAGGGCAGCGGCGGGACCCCGGGCCCGCCGCCCAGGCCCUCUGCCUUCAAGCCCCUGGCCAGAAACGGGGUGGUGCCCCACUACAUGCCCCGGCCGGUGCCUCUGGAGAGGAGCCUGUGCUCUUGAACCCGGGACGUCUGCACAGCGGAGGGAGACUGGCCUCGGUCUGCCGCCGGCCCUGCCUCGGGGACAGCCUUGCUCCAGCCCCGGACCCGGCAGUCCUGGCUCUGUCCGCAGGGACCACUGAAGAGUGUGGACAGUACCCCCUUCGCCCUCCCCUGCCUGCCCGCGCUUCCCCGCCUUUCCCCUGAAAACCAAGAUUUCAAAGGCGUCCUCUUUCCUCGCCUCCCCUGUGUGUCCAGAGAAGUAUGUAAUCCCAUUAAAAU